UUAGCUAGACACGUUUUUGUUAUUUUUACUCACAUGCACUGAUUUAUCUGUAUCUCUGUCCAGCCCAUUCUUCAUGGAUACUUCAGAAGUUCUUGCUCCUGGAGAGUUAGAAUCGCGUUUGCUCUCAAAGGCAUAGAGUAUGACCAAGUUCCUGUCAAUCUGGUCAAGGAUGGGGGAAUGCAGCUUUCAGACCAGUAUAAAGUUCUUAACCCUAUGAAACAAGUGCCUGCUGUUCAAAUCGAUGGUGUCACCCUGUCUCAGUCACUGGCAGUCAUCCAGUACAUUGAGGAAACAAGGCCGGGACCCAGACUUCUUCCCACCGACCCGAAAAAGCGUGCCCAGGUCCGCAUGGUCAGCGACCUCAUCUGCUCUGGGAUCCAGCCUCUGCAGAAUCUCACCGUCUUGCAGAAGAUCGGGGCUGAGAAGAUGCAGUGGGCCCAGCAUUUCAUCACACGAGGUUUCGAGGCCUUGGAACCCAUGCUGAAGGAGACUGCUGGGACAUACUGCGUAGGGGAUGAGAUUUCCAUGGCUGACAUCUGUCUGGUCCCGCAGGUCUACAACGCUGACAGGUUCAAAGUUGACAUCAGCCCAUUCCCGACUAUUAAACGACUGAACCAAACGUUAAUGGAAAUGGAGGCUUUCAAAGUUAGUCACCCAUCUUGCCAGCCAGAUACUCCUCCUGAUUUGCGCGCAUAAGUCGACUGCUGCUCAAAGGACGGAACCAACUGUCAAACUUUUUUUUUUAAUUCCCACCUUAAUAAAAUGUUUUGUAAAAAAUAUUCUGGCAUCU